UCACACCAAUCGGACUAGUUCCCGGUCGCGAAAGGAUCACUUCCGCUACUCGUUUUGUAAGCACAGAUUUCUGAGUCCGACACGAUUUAAGGAUUCAGAACCACAGUUACUUUAGGUUAGAAUGCUGACUUUGUCUCGCGUGCUGGUCAGUGGUGCUGUGCGCGCUCCAGCUGCUGCAGCUGCUGGCAGUCAGUGCGCAGCAACAACCAUCACGCGUUUCAACAGUACCGCCGCUCAACAGGAAACACCUAAGAAGACAAAGUUCGGCCCUUUGGCUGACCAAGACAGAAUCUUCACCAAUUUGUAUGGCAGACACGACUGGAGGCUGAAGGGAGCACUGAGUCGUGGCGACUGGUACAAGACUAAAGAAAUCCUGCUGAAGGGGGUGGACUGGAUCCUCAAUGAGGUCAAGACCUCUGGGCUCCGGGGCCGAGGAGGUGCAGGCUUCCCCACUGGUAUGAAAUGGGGCUUCAUGAACAAACCCAGCGAUGGCAGGCCUAAGUACCUGGUGGUGAAUGCUGAUGAAGGCGAGCCUGGCACCUGCAAAGACAGGGAGAUCAUGCGCCACGACCCCCACAAGCUGGUGGAGGGCUGCCUGGUGGCUGGCAGGGCCAUGGGUGCCCGCGCUGCCUACAUCUACAUCCGCGGAGAGUUCUACAACGAGUCCUCCAACCUGCAGGUGGCUAUCAACGAGGCCUAUGCUGCUGGUCUGAUUGGCAAGAACGCUUGUGGCUCCGACUAUGACUUUGACGUGUAUGUGAUGCGCGGUGCUGGCGCCUACAUCUGUGGAGAAGAGACCGCUCUCAUCGAGUCCAUUGAGGGCAAACAGGGCAAGCCCCGCUUAAAGCCUCCCUUCCCUGCUGACGUAGGUGUGUUUGGUUGCCCAACAACUGUCGCCAACGUAGAAACCGUGGCGGUGGCACCCACCAUUUGCCGUCGUGGUGGCUCAUGGUUUGUAGGCAUGGGUCGUGAGAGGAAUUCUGGGACGAAGCUUUUUAAUAUCUCUGGACAUGUGAACACCCCUUGCACAGUGGAGGAGGAGAUGUCCAUCCCACUGAAGGAGCUUAUUGAGAGGCAUGCAGGUGGCGUGCGUGGGGGAUGGGAUAACCUGCUGUGUGUGAUUCCCGGUGGCUCGUCUACUCCCCUUAUUCCCCGUCAUGUCUGUGAUGAUGUACUCAUGGACUUUGACGGCCUGCUCCAGGCUCAGACUGGCCUGGGCACAGCAGCCCUCAUUGUCAUGGACAAGUCUACGGAUGUGAUUAGAGCCAUCGCCCGUCUGAUUGAGUUCUACAAGCAUGAGAGCUGUGGCCAGUGUACGCCUUGCAGAGAGGGUGUAGACUGGAUGAAUAACAUGAUGUGGAGGUUUGUGAAGGGCGAUGCCCGUGAGGCAGAGAUCGAUAUGAUCUGGGAAAUCAGCAAGCAAAUUGAGGGUCACACCAUCUGUGCUCUGGGCGAUGGUGCUGCCUGGCCUGUGCAGGGAUUGAUCCGUCACUUCCGCCCUGUUAUGGAGAGCCGCAUCACAGAAUUUAAACAGAAGCAGCAGGCCAGGGCUUAAACCUCAUCACGAAUAGAUACGUGUGGAAGCACAUCUUACCAUUAAUGUUAUUUAAGUGCAUUUCAUGUCCCACCUCUGUAACCCACCGUGCUGCCUGCAUUUUUUCGCCUUGUCUGUUCAAAGAACCUUAAAUGUAGAUUUAGAUGCUCGGAUCAUGGGCAAUGACCUCAUCAUGCCAACCCAUUAUGAUAUCACUCAAAGCCUUUGACUCUUUCAUGAUUAUGUAAGUAAAUAAAUAAAUCAAUGAAUGAGUUGAA